AAACAAAAAAGCAAUCCUUUAACCCUUUGGCAAGCCGCAACGUUACCGCCAUUUUAAAUGCGGAAAUGGCUAUUCGAUCGCUUCCGUCCAUCGGCAAUGUUUGUCGGGACCGAUUUUCAACGGCGGCCAACGGGACCAUUCGUCCCACCAUUUCUAACACAAGUAACGGGCAAAGGCAGUGCAGCUUCUUCAUCAACGCACCCGCCGAUAAACUCAUCCAGAUGACCUGCUCGGUCGUCAGUCUGAAAAGUUCGGACGCUGAAUUAGUCAUUUACGGAGGUUCCGAAAUCAACGUCAAUCCGCCCGUCGUCAAUCGCAUUUACACGUCAAGGAGCAACAGCAUGUUCCUGUUUUCCAGGGUCGACAACACGGACUGGUUCGACUGCAAAUGGAAAAUGAUUCCCGUCUCGCAAACAACUGAAUAUCAACUCUGUCGGGAUGGAACAUCCGCCACUCCCAACGGGACCAUCCAGCGAUCAGCGGACGAUACCACAGAUACAAGAAUGUGCAUGUUUGCCAUUGCCGUUCCAUCAGACCACCGAAUUCAGUUGAAAUGCUCCAAUGUUGCCCUCAGCAGUCCUGAAAAUUAUUUACAGUUCCAAACGAUUUCCGAAACUGUGAUAGCCGAUCCACCUGCAAUGAAUCGGGUCUACACUUCGACUAGCGAAAUCAUUUACCUGUUUUCUCAAUUCAGCAAUCAAGACUCUUUCAAAUGCCAAUGGACGACGGUUAUGAUCCUACCACUGACAAAUGAUAACAAACGUAAAUAUUUCAUUUUUAAUUAAUUCUGGUACAAGUUUUAUUAUUUUCCCUU